UCAUAUUGGCCUUGCAGCGGCGCGCGAGAGCAUGAGUAGACGACAGGGUCCCCGCGCACGCGCUAUUAUUGUUUUGACUGAAAAUGCCGUCGGUUUCGAAAACGGUGGUGAGCGCUUCUCCUCAAACCGAGAAACCAACCCACUAUACAUAUUUGAAGGAGUUCAGGACCGAGCAAUGCCCACUGUUUUUGCAGCACAAAUGCACACAGCAUAGACCCUUUACGUGUUUCCACUGGCAUUUUCUAAAUCAGCGAAGACGGAGACCCAUACGAAGAAGAGACGGGACUUUUAAUUACAGCCCAGAUGUAUAUUGCACGAAGUAUGAUGAAACAACAGGAAUAUGCCCAGAUGGAGACGAUUGCCCUUAUUUACACCGGACCACCGGUGACACAGAGCGCAAGUACCAUUUACGCUACUACAAGACCGGCACCUGCAUCCAUGAGACAGAUGCUCGUGGGCAUUGUGUGAAGAACGGCCUCCACUGCGCCUUCGCUCAUGGACCACACGACCUACGGCCGCCAGUUUAUGACAUAAGAGAGAUUCAGGCACAGGAAGCUCUGCAGAACGGCCAGUUGGGAUCUGGGGAGGGAAUUCCUGACCUGCAGCCGGGUGUGCUGGCCAGCCAGGCCAUGAUUGAGAAGACCUUGAAUGAGGACCCACGCUGGCAAGACACCAAUUUUGUUUUGGCCAACUAUAAAACCGAGCAGUGCACCAAGCCUCCACGUCUAUGCAGGCAGGGCUAUGCCUGUCCCCACUAUCACAACAGCAGAGAUAGGAGAAGAAAUCCCAGAAAGUUCAAAUACAGGUCGACGCCCUGCCCGAGUGUAAAGCAUGGCGAUGAAUGGGGCGAGCCCUCCAAGUGUGAGAGUGGGGACAGCUGUCAGUACUGCCACUCUCGCACCGAGCAACAGUUCCACCCAGAGAUUUACAAAUCAACAAAAUGCAACGACAUGAGGCAAACUGGAUACUGUCCAAGGGGUCCAUUCUGUGCUUUUGCACAUGUGGAAAGAAUUCCUUCCGCAGAGGAGACCAUGAGCACAUUGCUCACAGCAAUGCAGUCGGGUUCUCAGUCCAAGCUGGGCUCUCCGCAAUAUCCAGAGUGUCCAGUCAGCGAGUGGAGCGGCAACAUGAUUUCCAUCACCAGCAGCGGCAGUAACAACGGCCAGACAGGAAGCGUUUCAUGCACUAAUAGUCCAACUGUAACACCAGGCUCAGGGAGCAACAGUUCUUUGUCCCCAAUUGGACCCAUCAGCAGGCCAAAAUGCUUUACUAAUGGUAGCUUUUGUUCAGAGUCCACCACGUCCAGUGUUUCCUCUCCGACGUCUAACUAUCCCAAAGCUCCGGGUUUUGAACGGGAGGAUCAGGCAAAGAACCAGAAAAGCCUGUCUGGGGAAAAUAAUCAAAAGUUAAUGGACCAAGACAAACAGGCUCAUGGCAAUGUGUUCUCAGUAGUGAACCCACUCGCGUCCAGCAUAACAUCAAGCAUCACGUCCAGCUUGGCCUCCAGCAUCGGAUCUGACAGUUCGUCACCCACCACUUUAUCAACCAUGAAUGCAAAAGCCACGCCUUUCUAUCCAGGCAGCAAUACUGUGGAGUCAGUAAUAGGAUCUGCACUUGACCUGAAUUUUAGUGACAUCAAUGUUGCCUCCCUUGACAAAGAGCUAGAGGACCAAGACAACAAUGGCCUUGGUUUAACAAGACAGCGGUUAUUAGGAGGCUCUGCUCCGGUCAAUAUUCCUGGCUCUCUAGCUCGGUCUUCCUCUCUGCAUUCCUCAUCCUCUCUUUCUGCCUCCCCGCUCAGCUCUCUGUCUCAAUCCCUGUCCCAGUCUCUCCUCACUGGAAUGGCCUCCCAGCAGAGCCAGCCACAGGCACCACCUGUUAAAGCCGAGCACGGCCUUCUAGGAACAUCCACGUCUACGCAGAACUCCUUAGGUCUGAAUGGUGGAGCAGGGGGAAUAUGGGACUUUAUGAGUGGCAGCUUCUCUCCCAGCCCUUCUCCAGUGUUCAGCAGCCUUACUUCCAGCACGGUCGGCUCCAGCAGUGCAGACAUCGGCCGGCUCCUCCGAGAACUGGAUGAAGCCAAGCGCAAGAUAAAGCAAUGGGAGGAGGCCUGGCACCAAGUCAAGCAGGUCAGAUGUGCUGGCUUGCUUUUAUGGGUCUUAUGA